CGAUGCCAUUAAAAAGUUGUUUCGCACCACUGUGACCAAUUUCAUCUUCGACUGUACCCGUGUGCCAUCCCGUUCUCAUUUCGUCCGUUUUCUUCCGUUUAAGAGGUCUGACACGUGGGUUCUAAAUAGCACAAUGUCCAUCGUACCCUUCCGGUCACGGGAGCUGGGUUGUUUGUCUAUCCAGAUUCGGAACGGACCGAUGGGCACCGAUCCAUCCAAACCACCCUUCUCUUCCUCCUCUCUUCCACCACCAGCAGGCGGCAGCAUCAGCGACCUCGUCGUCGUCCUCAAUUCAAUCAAAUUCAAAAUCCCCCCGUGCUGACUGCUGUAUUGGACUCCUUGUCUGUCGCCCGCCGUGGUUGCUCUGUACUAAACUCGAUUCCUCACUCCUGCCCCGUGCUGUUGACCAGACGGACCGCAGGAGAUCCAUCCGCUUCUCCUUGUGCUGCUCUGGUGAAUUUUACUAGCAUUAUUGUUGCAACGGAGGAAAACUGGCAGUCAGUGGCACUGGGGACAAGAAUAUUUCGUUGUCGAGACCAAGUGACCCAGGGGCAUUCAAGUCUAUUGCCAGGCCACUUAACUGCCGUUAGGCUUCAAAAUAGACGGAAUGACACACGGGUAUAGUCGAAGAUGAAGUUGGGCACAGCGGUACGAAACAACUUUUUAAUGAUAUCGUGGUUUGGUCAAUCUUUCAUAAUAGCAUACAGGUAAAAGGCUCGUGAGGCCUAAAUUUGUCCGCUCGCAGCCGCCAGGAGAAACAGCAAUUGUAGGAUAUAAUUGUAUUCGAACAUUUUCAAUACUUCAUAAACGAAAUCAGUAUUGUUGUUUUUUACUUUUUUUUUAAACAAAAAGCAAAUCAGUAUUCAAAAGUCAUUACAAAGCCCAAACCAGUCAGGCAGUCCAACUUGACGAGCCCAAAUGUCGAAAUGCCAGCACGACCCUCAACCGCCGCCGCCGUCCUCGUCCGCCUCAUCACCGCCGCCGCCACCGUGUCCUCCUCCCCGGCCUCCCUGCGCGCCCUCCUCCCCAUCCACGCCCGCGCCAUCGUCCUCGGCGUAUCCGCGAACCUGGCCUUCGCCACCAGCCUCAUCGCCGGCGCGGCGCCCGCCUCUCUCGCCUACGCACGCAGGGUGUUCGACGCCGCGCCUGUACGCGAUGCCUACAUGUGGAACACGCUCCUCCGCGCGCACGCCCACUCCCACUCCCACUCCCAGUCGUCGCACUCGCACGCCGUCGACGCCCUCGCCCUCUACAAGCGGAUGCGCGCCGCGGGCGUCGCGCCGGACCAUUACACCUACCCGAUCGUGCUCCCGGCUUGCGCGGCUGCACGCCAGCCGCGGCUCGGGCGGGCCGUGCACGGAGACGCGGUGCGGUUUGCGCUCGAUGGGGACGGGUUCGUGCGCUGCACUCUUAUCGCGAUGUACUUCCAGGAAGGAGAGGUGGCGGACGCUGAGCUGGUCUUUGCAGAAAGCCAUGGAUCGUCCCGGACGGUCGUGUCGUGGACGGCCAUGGUUGCUGGCUACGUGCAGAACUACUUCUUUGGGGAGGCACUUGCGCUGUUCAGCACGAUGGUCGCCGAGGGUGUCCUUCCGAAUGAGAUCACUCUGAUCAGUUUCCUGCCCUGCUUGCAGGGCCAAGAAUGGCUGGAUGCUGGGGAAAUGGUGCACGGGUUCGUGAUCAGGUCAGGGUUUGAUGCAAACAUUCCAUUGGCUAAUGCCCUCAUCGCAAUGUAUGGGAAGUGUGGGAGCAUUCCCAUGGCAGAAGCUCUGUUUGAGGGAAUGGCAGUACGCAGUCUGGUUUCUUGGAACACGAUGGUUGCAAUCUAUGAGCAGCAUGGUGAUGUGGUUGAGGCAAUCAAGUUCUUCCACCGGAUGCUUACUGAGAAGGUGGGGUUUGAUUGUGUGACUUUGGUCAGUGUUCUAUCUGCCUGCGGACGGUCAGGAGCCCUGGAGACUGGCAAAUGGGUGCAUGAGUUUGCCCGGAGUCAUGGGCUUGACGCAGAUGCAAGGAUUGGCAAUGUUCUUGUCGACAUGUAUGCAAAGUGUGGCGAGAUUGCUGAUGCAAGGAAAGUCUUUGACUGUUUGCAUGUGCGUGGUGUUGUGUCCUGGAGUGCCAUGAUAAGUGCAUAUGCCAACCAUGGGGAUUCUGAGGAGGCUCUCAAGCUCUUCUGCCUGAUGAAAAGUGAAGGGGUGAGACCAAAUUCUUUCACAUUCACUGCAGUUCUUGUGGCGUGUGGCCACUCAGGCCUUGUUAACGAAGGACUGAAGCAUUUCAACAGCAUCCUUUCUGACUAUCAAAUGUCGCCUACACUGGAGCACUAUGCCUGCAUUGUUGACAUGCUAGGGCGAGCUGGUAGACUUGUGGAAGCAUAUGAAAUCAUCAGGGGAAUGUCGUUGUGCCCAGACAAGUGCGUGUGGGGCGCAUUUCUUGGGGGUUGUAAGCUUCACAGCAAUCUGGAGCUAGCUGAAUUCGUUGCCAAGGACCUCUUCCAGUCAGGCUCCAAUGAUGUCACAUUCUAUGUUUUGAUGUCAAACAUGUACUUCGAAGCCGGAAUGUUGGAAGAUGCAGAAAGGAUAAGACGAGCCAUGAAGGAGAUGGAACUCAAGAAGACAGCUGGGCAUAGCGCAGUAAACCAAUAGGGAAAAAAUAGCGAUCGUCAUGAGGUAGCACUUGUGUAAUUCUGAUAUUAGUUAGCUUAAUCGUUUCCCAUUAUAUGUACUAACAUGGAGUUUUGAUGGCCAAAUUGUUUCAUCUAUAGUUAUAAUGUUAUAUAAACUUCACAUGUGUGGUUCUUCCCUUCUCA